AUGAAGAUCCACCCUGUCUUUCAUGUAUCCCUCCUGAAACCUGUCUCGUCCAGUCCGUUGUGUCCUGUUCCUGCUCUCCCUUCUCCUAUUCGUCUCACUGAUGGUGGACUUGGCUUUCGUGUUCGGCGCCUGCUGGACGUCAGGCCCAGGGGCCGGGGGCGUCAGUUCUUGGUGGACUGGGAGGGUUAUGGUCCAGAACAUCGCCAGUGGGUCCCCAGUUCCUGGAUUGAGGACCCUUCUCUCAUCAGAGACUUUGACGCCGCUCGGUCUUCUGCUGCUGCCUCCUCCUCCGCCUCCUCCUCCUCUGCGCGGCCGCCGGGUGUCGGCCUUUGUCAUAUAUCAUUACAGAAAAUCAAAAUCCUCUCCUGUCAUGAUCUGUGCUGCAUAACCAUCUCUGCUGAGUGUUUUACAGGUGGGUGUGUCUGGAGAGCCCAGCUGUGCCAAAUCAGCUCAUCAGCGAUCAGGGGAUUUAAGGAGCAGCUGGACAUCUCACCAUUGCCAGAUGAUACUCAGUCUUGGGUUCCAGUCAUCUGUUCAUCUCCACUCUCUGCUAUAUCUUUGGAACCAUCUACCACAUUCCAGUCCUGCUGUUUGCCCCUGAUCGCCAGCUCUCCAUCACCCCACCUAUCCACCUGCAGCUCCUCGGUCUCCCCAUCCAGCCAGGUCUGACUAACCCCCCCCC